AUGCCUCCCAAGUUCGAUCCCUCUGAGGUUAAGAUUAUCUAUCUUCGUGCCACUGGUGGUGAAGUCGGUGCUUCUAGUGCUCUUGCUCCCAAGAUUGGUCCUCUUGGUUUGUCCCCCAAGAAGGUUGGUGAAGAUAUUGCCAAGGGUACCAAGGAUUGGAAGGGUCUCCGUGUCACUGUCCAAUUGACCAUCCAAAACCGUCAAGCUCAAGUUUCCGUUGUCCCCUCUGCCUCUUCUUUGGUCAUCAAGGCUCUCAAGGAACCUCUCCGUGAUCGUAAGAAGGAGAAGAACAUCAAGCACAGUGGUAAUGUCGCUCUUGAGGAUAUCAUUGAAAUUGCUCGUACCAUGCGUUUCAAGUCUUUGGCUCGUGAGCUCUCUGGUACCGUCAAGGAAAUCCUUGGUACCGCUUUCUCUGUUGGUUGUACCGUUGAUGGUCAAAACCCCAAGGACCUUUGUGCUGCCAUUGAUGCUGGUGAAGUUGAGAUUCCCGAAAAAUAA